UUUUAAAAGUAAUGAAAAAUAUAUCGAAUAAUAGACUGGACGUAUCAAAUUAACAACGAAGUUUUCCAAGUUAAUAUAUUUAUAUUACUAUUGCCAUCUCUUUCGUUUAUUUCUAGCGCAGUAUAUUUUCUAGUACAAUACAUUUUUCUAUUAGGUACUUAACACUUCGAAUGUACACACAUUCUAUUACAUUGAAAAGAGAGCAAUCUUAAAUAAUUUCUUACAAACUUUCAACCUGAAAUUAUAAUGUAAAAUUAGAAUUGGCAAAACUGGAGAGAUCGGCUGGAAGUGUUAGCCAGUGAAAUUUUCCCGCUAACAUAACGGUGCACGAAACGUUCGAUACCUGAGCCGCGGGAUCCAAUAAUACGGCGGCAAUUCGUGCCACGUGACUCGCGUGACAGCUUCUAUGCGGCAAAGCGGGAACGUUGCUCGCCAAUUGGUCGUACAACGCGCAUUUACGGUGCUCUAACAGCGCGCGUAUCGGCAUCGUAGGAGAAGCUUGGACGCUGGAUGGCCUGAAAGCGUGCUCCCGGCUCACGACGCACGCAGUGUGUCGGCAGCACAUACGUGGUGAAGUACGACUUAAAAUUCAAAAUGUCCAACGACCCGCCCACCGGGUGUAAUAACGCGAUCGAUAGUUACCUCCUUUUGGAAGACGGCAGCGUUUUCUCGGGGAAACGCUUCGGCGCCGAUGUGUCCGUUGACGGUGAAAUUGUUUUCCAGACUGGUAUGAUCGGUUAUCCAGAGUCACUCACAGAUCCUUCUUAUCACGCUCAAAUUUUAGUGCUUACAUAUCCGCUAAUAGGAAACUAUGGCGUCUUCGGCGACGAAAAGGACGAAUACGGUCUACCGUACUGGUUCGAGUCCCAUCGUAUUUGGGCUGCUGGGCUCAUAGUUGGAGAAAUUUGCGAGAAGCCCAGCCACUGGCGGCAAGAUAAGACGUUGUCCGAUUGGAUGAAACAGCAAAACGUACCUGGGAUAUGUGAGAUUGACACACGUGCAUUAACGAAAGUUAUUACCGAGAAAGGUACUAUUGUAGGUAGGAUAGUUCUUGAUCAGCCGCCACACGUUAUGCCAAUAAUGCCUCCAAUAGAAGAUCCUAACAAAAGAAAUCUCGUUGCGGAAGUUUCUCAGCCGAUCCCAAAUACAUAUAACCCGGACGGGCAUCCUCGUAUAUGCGUAAUUGACUGUGGCUUAAAAUAUAAUCAACUGAGAUGUUUAUUAAAACGCGGUGCUCGCGUGGAUGUUGUGCCAUGGGACUUCGAUUUUAAAAGUGCCGAAUACGACGGUUUGUUCCUUAGCAACGGCCCUGGCGAUCCCAGCAUGUGUCAGGUGACAAUAGAAAAUAUACGAGAGGCACUCAGGCAAAAAAGACCUAUCUUCGGCAUAUGUCUUGGGCAUCAACUGCUAUCCAUAGCCGCUGGCUGUGUCACGUACAAAAUGCGAUACGGCAAUCGAGGCCAUAAUCAACCGGCGACGCAUCGCGUUACCGGACGUUGCUACAUGACCUCGCAAAACCAUGGAUUUUGCGUCGAUGCUGCCCAAUUGCCUGUUGAUUGGGAGGUGCUGUUUACCAACGCUAAUGAUAAUAGCAACGAAGGCGUGGUCCACUCAAUCUUGCCGUACUUUUCCGUUCAGUUUCACCCGGAACAUACGGCAGGGCCUGAAGACCUCGAAUGCCUUUUCGACGUGUUCCUGCAAAGCGUGAAAGACUACAUCAAUAAGCGUCCUUGCAUUUCUGUAAAGGAUAGGCUCACCGAGAGACUUACCUAUCGACCUUCGCUUCCAAUCGGGACCGAAAAACCGAAGAAGAUAUUGAUUCUGGGUUCGGGAGGGCUCAGCAUCGGCCAGGCUGGAGAGUUCGAUUAUUCGGGCUCGCAAGCGAUUAAGGCGCUAAAAGAAGAGUCCAUACAAACUCUAUUGAUAAAUCCUAACAUCGCCACGGUGCAAACCUCAAAAGGAAUGGCUGACAAAGUCUAUUUCUUGCCGAUUAUAUCGGAAUAUGUAGAACAGGUGAUACGUUCCGAAAGACCGGACGGCGUAUUAUUAACAUUCGGUGGGCAAACCGCCCUAAAUUGUGGCGUUGAACUUGAGAAGAACGGCGUGUUCGCCAAAUACAAUGUUAAAGUUUUAGGAACGCCAAUCGAGUCCAUUAUAGAAACCGAGGAUAGGAAGAUCUUCGCGGAUCGUAUUAGCGAGAUAAAUGAAAAAGUUGCGCCGAGUGCUGCCGUGUACUCGAUCGAGGAGGCAUUACGAGCUGCUGAAAAACUGGGCUACCCCGUAAUGGCGCGCGCUGCGUUCUCGCUCGGUGGCCUCGGAUCGGGCUUUGCUAACACGAAAGAGGAGUUGCAAACACUAGCGCAACACGCUCUAGCUCAUUCGAGUCAGUUGCUUAUCGACAAAUCCCUGAAGGGCUGGAAGGAGGUGGAGUACGAGGUUGUUCGCGAUGCGUACGACAACUGUAUCACGGUGUGCAACAUGGAGAACGUCGAUCCGCUCGGCAUACACACCGGCGAGUCGAUCGUCGUCGCGCCAAGCCAGACCCUGUCGAAUAAAGAAUACAAUAAGCUGCGAAGUACUGCCAUUAAGGUCAUCAGGCACUUCGGCAUCGUCGGCGAAUGUAACAUCCAGUACGCGCUAAAUCCGUUCUCCGAAGAAUAUUACAUCAUCGAAGUGAAUGCUAGACUGUCCAGGAGCUCGGCUCUAGCCAGCAAGGCUACGGGAUACCCUCUCGCUUACGUCGCCGCCAAAUUGGCUCUUGGAAUACGCCUGCCGGAUAUUUGUAAUUCCGUUACCAAACAGACGACGGCUUGUUUCGAGCCGAGUCUUGAUUAUUGCGUGGUCAAGAUUCCGAGGUGGGAUCUUGGCAAGUUUCAACGCGUCAGCACAAAGAUCGGUAGUUCCAUGAAGAGUGUAGGUGAAGUGAUGGCGAUCGGUCGUAAAUUCGAAGAAGCCUUCCAGAAGGCACUGAGGAUGGUCAACGAGAAUGUGAAUGGCUUCGAUCCUUACGUGAAGCCGACAAAUGACGAAGAAUUGGAGAAGCCAACCGACAAAAGGAUGUUCGUUCUCGCCGCCUCGAUCAAAGCCGGUUACUCGAUCGACCGGUUGUACAAACUGACCAAGAUAGAUCGCUGGUUCCUCGAGAAGAUGAAGAACAUCAUCGACUACUACGUACUCCUGGAGAACACCGAUCAUACGAAGCUCACGAGCGACUUGCUGCUAGGCGCAAAGCAGAACGGAUUCUCGGACAAACAGAUCGCCGCCAUAGUGAAGAGCUCCGAAUUAGCUGUCAGAAUACAGAGACAAGAGCACAAAAUUCGACCGAUGGUCAAACAAAUCGACACGGUGGCCGCUGAGUGGCCGGCCAAUACAAACUAUCUUUAUCUAACGUACAAUGGCACCACUCACGACGUGGAGUUCCCCGGAGGAUACACAAUGGUGAUAGGUUCCGGAGUGUACAGGAUCGGCAGCUCAGUGGAGUUCGAUUGGUGCGCCGUGAGUUGCCUGCGAGAAUUGCGAAAUCUUGAACGUAAGACCAUCAUGGUGAAUUACAAUCCAGAGACAGUUAGCACAGACUACGAUAUGAGUGAUAGGCUGUACUUCGAGGAGAUCUCAUUCGAGGUGGUGAUGGACAUAUAUGACUGUGAGUGCCCUGAGGGUAUAAUUCUAUCCAUGGGUGGGCAACUGCCUAACAAUAUCGCCAUGGAUCUGCAUAGACAACAGGCACGAAUCCUCGGGACCUCCCCGGAAUCCGUAGACGGCGCCGAAAAUCGUUUCAAAUUCUCCCGUAUGCUCGACAGCAUCGGCAUAUCACAGCCGAGAUGGAAGGAACUAACGAACUUGAAGUCCGCGAUUGAGUUUUGCGAGGAAGUCGGCUAUCCAUGCCUCGUGAGGCCUUCGUACGUGCUAAGCGGAGCCGCCAUGAAUGUCGCUUACUCGAAUCAAGAUCUCGAGUCUUAUUUGAAAAGCGCGAGUGAAGUCAGCAAGGAGCAUCCCGUGGUAAUAUCCAAGUUCAUCCUCGAGGCGAAGGAGAUCGACGUCGAUGCCGUGGCUUACGAGGGGAUUAUUUUGUGCAUGGCCGUAUCCGAACACGUGGAAAACGCUGGCGUUCAUUCCGGUGAUGCGACGUUAGUAACACCGCCGCAGGACAUCAACACGCAAACACUGGCAAAGAUAAAGAGCAUCUCUAAAGCAGUGGCGGCGUCUUUGGGAGUUACUGGACCUUUCAACAUGCAGCUAAUUGCGAAGGAUAACGAGCUGAAGGUGAUUGAGUGUAACGUGAGAGUAUCCAGAUCUUUCCCUUUCGUUUCCAAAACUUUAGAUCACGAUUUCGUUGCGAUGGCAACUCGUUUAAUCAUGGGGUUAACAAUCGAACCUGUAGACGUUUUAGCUGGCUGUGGAAGAGUUGGAAUAAAAGUACCACAAUUUUCCUUCUCCCGUCUUAAAGGCGCUGAGGUAACAUUGGGCGUCGAGAUGGUCUCCACCGGAGAAGUAGCGUGUUUCGGCGAGAAUCGUUAUGAAGCUUACCUGAAAGGCAUGAUGAGCACCGGUUUUCAUAUGCCCGAAAGGGGUAUUUUACUCUCUGUGGGAAGUUUUAAGCAUAAAAUGGAGUUGCUCGAGUCUAUCAGAAAUCUGAAGAACAUGGGAUACAAGUUGUACGCCAGCAUGGGCACCGCCGACUUUUACACCGAGCAUGGUGUUGAGGUGGAACCGGUACAAUGGACGUUCGAAAACAUUGCCGUGAACGAGGAUUCCAGCCCAAGUCAACUUCGGCAUCUUGCCGACUUCUUGUCGAAGAAGCAAUUCGAUCUCGUGAUCAAUCUGCCGAUGAGAAACGGUGGUGCCCGGCGUGUCUCCAAUUUCAUGACGCAUGGUUACCGAACGAGAAGACUGGCAAUCGAUUACUCCGUACCUUUAAUAACGGAUGUUAAAUGCGCCAAGCUCCUAGUUGAUGCGUUGAGAAUGGUCGGCGGAAAAGCACCUCGUAUGAAAACACACACCGAUUGCAUAUCAUCGCGCAAAAUGAUCAAACUACCCGGCCUCAUCGAUGUACACGUGCACACCCGCGAUCCUGGAGCGGUCCACAAGGAGGACUACGCCUCUUGCACCGCGGCAGCACUCGCUGGAGGCAUAACAAUUAUUUUUGCGAUGCCCAAUACCAAUCCUGCGGUAGUGGAUCACACAACUUUUGCCUUCGCCAAAGCGCAAGCUGCAGCUGGUUCGCGAUGCGACUACGCCCUCUUCGCCGGCGCCUCGUCAGACAAUUACAAUGAUGUACGGGAGUUAGCACCGCACGUGGCCGCGCUGAAGAUGUAUCUGAACGAGACAUAUACAACGCUUCGUCUCACUGAUCUUACUGUUUGGGUUAAGCACUUUGAGAGUUGGCCGAAGAAAUAUCCCUUGUGCGUGCACGCGGAAGGGCAAACCACAGCUGCAGUUCUGUUGCUGGCGAGUUUGCACAGCAGGCCGAUUCACGUGUGUCACGUAGCGCGUAAAGAGGAGAUACAAAUCAUUCGAGCUGCCAAGGAGCAUGGCUUACCGGUUACGUGCGAGGUGUGUCCGCACCAUUUAUUCCUUUGCCAGGAUGACUUGGAACGAAUAGGAACUGGACGAGGUCAAGUAAGACCCACUCUGGGAACAAAGGAGGACCAAGAGGCUCUCUGGGAUAACAUGGAUGUGAUUGAUUGUUUCGCGACCGAUCAUGCCCCGCACACCGUUGACGAGAAGUUUUCUGAGAAACCGCCGCCAGGAUUUCCCGGCUUGGAAACUAUGUUACCGCUUUUACUGAACGCCGUGCAUAAAGGGAGGCUAACAAUAGAGGACAUUGUAGACAAAUUGUAUCGAAAUCCCAAGAAGAUCUUCAACAUUCCCGAUCAGCGUAACACGUACAUCGAGGUCGAUCUGGAUGACGAAUGGGUUAUCCCGGACGCAAUGCCGUACAGCAAAUCGAAAUGGACGCCUUUUACUGGCAUGACAAUUCGCGGUUCCGUGCACAGAGUGGUCUUAAGAGGCGAGAUUGCUUACAUCGAAGGGCAGGUGCUAGUAAAUCCUGGAUUCGGCCAAGACAUCAGGGAUGUGCAAUACAGCACAAAGGUGCCACCAACGCUCCAUGUGCCGACAGUCUCUAGUCAGCUCGCAGACGUCGUUCACAGGCCUUUGUCACUAGACAGUCUCCUAUCGCCGAACUUUGAGAAGCCUAACGUCCACAUCGAUCGUGUCGCCGAUUUGCACGAAGACGAACAAAUCGAGUCGUAUAUGCAUCUCUUACAACCGGCAUCGCACAAGUCGAACGUCCACUUCGCACCGUGUACGGACGUUGACAAAGAACAUUCCAAGGCACUGCCAUCUCAAAGAACUGUCUCACCGUUGCCAAUUAGCAAUGUCACUAGACACAAAAGCGACAGUAAUCCGAAUCUGCUUAUGACUGCCGUCGCAUCGUUUCCAGUUAUCCAUGCAGGCAACAGUCUAGUCGGGCAUCACGUGAUUACCGUGGACAUCUUUAACAAAGAGAUAUUAAAGGAUGUGUUCCACUUAGCGGAAACGUUCCGAAAUGCCAUCAGGAAGGAACGACCGUUGGAUCAUAUUUUAAAGGGGAAGAUCAUGGCUUCCAUCUUCUACGAAGUCAGCACGAGAACGUCGUGCAGCUUUGCCGCUGCAAUGGAACGUCUCGGUGGUCGCGUGAUAUACAUGGAUGGUUCUACAUCUUCGGUGAAAAAAGGGGAGACCUUAGAAGAUACAGUAACAGUGAUGGGAGGAUACGCGGACGUGAUUGUGCUUCGACACUCUCUGCCGGGUGCAGCCGCUAGGGUAGCGCAGCAUUGUAGAAAACCGAUAUUGAAUGCUGGCGAUGGAACCGGCGAGCAUCCGACGCAAGCGUUGCUUGAUAUUUUCACAAUCAGAGACGAAUUCGGAACUGUAAAUGGCCUUACGAUAACGAUGGUGGGUGACCUAAAACACGGCAGAACCGUUCAUUCUCUCGCAAGGCUGCUGACCCUGUACAACGUAGAAUUGCGCUACGUUAAUCCACUAGGCCUUGAGAUGCCGAGUCACGUCACUAAUUACGUGGCCGAACGUGGUAUCCCGCAAGAGAGAUUUGAAACUCUGGAAGAGGCUCUGCCUGACACCGACGUGCUUUAUAUGACACGAAUACAAAGCGAGCGCUUUGCCACGGAAGAACAAUAUCAUAAGAUGUGCGGACUCUUCGUAGUAACUCCGCAGCUGAUGUCUCGCGCUAAGAGAAAGAUGGCAGUGAUGCAUCCCCUUCCACGUGUCUUUGAGAUAAGCAAAGAAUUCGACACCGAUCCGCGGGCGGCGUACUUCCGGCAAGCUGAAAACGGAGUCUAUGUUCGCAUGGCAUUGCUGGCUAUGGUCCUUGGACGUAUUUAAAUAAGAUUAAUCCGGCCCGUGGCCAUCUGUCUUUUGUGGACCAAGGUGCUGGCUCAAGAAGGUCAGCGACGUACGCCAAGGAAAACACACGCCUGCCAUUUCUACUGUGAUGCGAUUCGCGAGAACCAAGCCGAAUAUCUUUCAGGCAUUCCAGUAUCAACCUUGACAAGUUUAGCAUUUAGAUUUAUAAAAGAGUAUAAACCAAAGCAUGAUGCACAUUUAAACAUCUGCCGAUCGAUUUUUAAUCAAUUUCGUUUAUUUUGUGAUAAAUUUUUCUUUCACUUUCCACUUUUUAAUAUUUUUUUAUUAAAGUGACUUAAAUAGUUUUUAUUAAAAUGUGCGUGAAUUUUUACGAAGUUUAAAAACAUAUACAUUGAAGUAUAACUUUUGUUAAUUUUUAAUACGUAAAAUUUUAAGUUUUAUUAUUCAGAUUUUUAACUUCAGACAUUCUAACUGAUUGUGAGGCCGACUCCGAAUGCAGUUUCGGAUAAUUUUUCAUUUAUAAAGGUUUGAAAUUUGUAUCAGAUGAUAUGUUGCAAAUACAUAUCUUUAUUGAAUCUUUUUCAAUAAUGCCAAUUUUAUCACGGAAUGUAGGCUAUACCCAGCGAGAAAUAAUUCGUUAAUCGACGUCGAAACGAUGUUGAAUCGACAUCGACACCUUCAAAUUGAUGUCGAAUUGACGUCGAACUUGACAGUGUCGACAUCGUUUCGACUAAUCAUUUCUUACAGGUUAUUACAAGAAUUGAACAUGAAUUUUUGAAAAUGAUACCAAAUUCUACGAUACAAUAAUACUUAGAAAAAUUAUUUUAAUAGUCAUUUAUAAUCAUUUAACAAUUUAUAGAGAUUUAUAGUGCGUUUUAUGUUAUUUUGCAGUUUACUUAGAUUUUUACAUUGCAAGUAUUAUGAUUAUCAAUGUAUCAAUGCUUGUGAAUAUCAUAGCAUGACAUAAUAUGAAUAUCAAUGCUUUUCAAGUACAAAAGAAUAAAGGUUUCCAUUGUUUACCGACGCAUACUAAAUUUAUUUUAAUAUUAGUGAAAUAGAUUAUGUACCAUAUGUACAAACACACGCGCACGAGUGAAAAUUAAUCUCCAAUCUUAUAGCUUAUUUUAUAACUAAUGACUGUAUCAUCUGGACUAGAUAUGUCAUGUAGCCUUUGCCUUAUAGCUUACAAUUAGGAUUAGUUCUUGACUAUCUAGGACUUGUCUAGCUUCUGUAAAUAAUGGAAUAGAUGCUGGAGACCUGUAAAAAGUUAGCUAUAAGCUAUUGUCUAGCCACUAGUAUUUAAAAAUUUGUUAACAUUUAAAAAGCGAGUACACUAUUGUUUAACACAUUGAUUACCACGCACGAGAUACUUAUAUUUGGCCUACUUUUUGCCCACGCCACUUACGAAAUAAUUCGUACUGGUUUAAUGUGUUAAAAUUGGCAAAAAAGUUAAAAAAAGUUUAUUUUUUAUACUGUGUUAUGUAUCAUGUGAGGAUUUAAACUUCUUAUUAUGAAUACUUGAUAGCGGGUGAAUAAAGUAAGCCACUUCAGUUAAAACGCCUAACAACAGUACCACGUUCAAAUUUAGAUUUUGAUGAUUUUUCUGUAAUUAUACGUGCAUAUAUACAAAACUUUCAAAAAUACCACAAACAUGGAAAAAUGCUGAUGUGAGUAAUAAAAGUAAUAAAUAAAAAAUGAAACAAGAU